AUGAAUACUAAGUUAGAUGCAAUGUACUACAGCAUGGGGAAACCCAAUAUGUUUAGGAUCAAUGUUGAUGUUACACUGUCAGACUUGAAGGAUCAAUCAGAUUGGAUUAAUGGUCGUCUCAAUCACGAAGACACAAGAAGAAUGAAUAAUGUUGAGUAUCGUCGUUUGUUAACUCAUAUGGAUAUGUUCGAUUUUUCUUUCAACUUUCAAAUCCAAAACUUCCAAGAUCCAUCCUUAAGCCUCAAUCCACCACCUCAUUUUUCAUAUUCUCCUCCAAUAUUAUUAUCCAACAUCUCAAAAACAUCAUAUGACCAUGAUAACCAAACCAAUAUUUCUAUCAAACAAAAUUGUCCGGCUACUCAUAACCUUACUUCAAAUGGUUUGGAAGAAUUAUUAAAGAUUCCUAAGGCUAUGCAUGACAUGAACGAGGAUGAAUUAUUUUGGAGAGCUUCAUUGGCUCCUAUGAUUCAUAAAACUCCAUUUAAACAAACACCAAAGGUUGCAUUCAUGUUCUUGACAAAAGGUCCUGUUUUGUUAGCUCCGCUUUGGGAGAAAUUCUUCAAAGGAAACGAAGGGUUGUAUUCGAUCUACGUUCAUCCUAGCCCUUCCUUCAAUGAAACCGUUUAUAAUCAAAGCUUAGUGUUUCAUGGCCGAAGAAUCCCAAGCAAGAAGGUAAAGUGGGGUGAAAAUAGCAUGAUAGAAGCAGAAAGACGUCUACUAGCAAAUGCACUGCUUGAUUUCUCAAACCAACGUUUUGUCCUACUUUCAGAACAUUGCAUACCAUUGUUCAAUUUCUUCACAAUCUACACUUAUCUAAUGAAAUCAAAACAAACAUUUGUGGAAGCUAAUGAUAUUCCAGGUCGUGUAGGACGUGUAAGAUAUAACCGUAGAAUGUGUCCAUUGAUUCAACUUUCACAAUGGAGAAAAGGGGCUCAAUGGUUCCAAAUUGAUCGUUAUCUUGCAGUUCGUAUUGUCUCCGACAAGCCAUAUUUUUCUAUGUUCAAAAAAUAUUGUCACCCAAGAUGUAUUAGUGAUGAACAUUAUUUGCCAACAUUGGUAAGUAUCAAAUUUUGGAAGAGGAAUUCUAACAGGACUUUAACUUGGGUUGAUUGGUCAAAAGGUGGAGCCCAUCCAGCAAAGUUUAGUAGCAAAGAUGUGACUAUUGAUUUUUUGGAGAGAUUAAGAUUUGGAAGCACUUGUGAGUACAAUGGAAAAACAACCAAUGUUUGUCAUUUGUUUGCAAGGAAAUUCGGAACUCAAGCUUUGGAUGGAUUGCUCACAUUUGCCCCAAAGUUAAUGCAAUUCAAUUGA